GUAACACCAGUACGGUGCGCGAUAAAGUUCAAACUGAACACCUCCUUAUUCAACUCGGUAACCAAAUCGUUCAGAGAUGUCUGCCACUCGGUACCGUCGGUUCUUGAAGCUGUGUGAAGAGUGGCCCCGGGACGAGACCAAGAAAGGCCGCGAUUUGGGGACGUUCCUGCGGCAGAAAGUAGCCGCCGCCUUCCGCGAGGGUGAAAACACACAGAUCUCAGAUCCAGACAAAUGUGACCAGAUGUAUGAAAGUUUGGCCCGAAUAAAUGGCAACGUAUACAGACAACGAUUUCCUCGUGUAAGAGACACAAGCUUUACUGGCGUUACAGUGGAAGAAUGUAAAGUGCUAUUGUCAGGGAAUAUGCAACAGAUGGACGAGGAGAAAAAGGGUCUGUGGAAGACGUUAAUGGAGAGAUUCUCCUCCAAAUCACCAGAAGAUGUUCCAGAGAAAGCUCCUGAAAAAUAACUGUCUUUUCUUUUCUCAUUGCAUGUACAGAAAUAAAGCUUAUUGUUGGUAUCUUU